AUUCCCUCAAAUCUGGACGUUGGUUGAGUAAAGAAAGCUAACAACAUGGCUAUCCUAGACAGUCUCACUACGACAGAGUUUGCUAAAAAAAUAGUCUGUUUAACGUUUUUUUCCGUCCUUUAGGACCAACCGGUGUCAGCUACGAUGGAGUAUUGGUACUUUAUGCAAGCCAAUGAUCGAGAAGGACUACUACUACCGCUGAAAAGGGCUUCAGGGGGGGUGUCGGCUUGAUGUCAAGAUGAACCUGUCAGCUGACUGAGGACGUGUCAGCAGAGAGGGAGGAAUGGCUUGUCCUCAGUUAAACUCAUGGAGGCCAGGUGAAGAGCAGGACGCAGAGGAGAGGAGCUUGGCCAGCCACGGACAGAAAGACAGAAGGGAUAGAAAGAAAGAGAGACAGAGAGGACUGGACCUGUUGGAGGCUCCUACCGAAGAGUCUGCUGAAGUUGGAUACAUGUGGGUCCACACCAGCAAUCCAAAGGAAACUACGAGGAAACUACAAGACAAGGGAGCACCAAGGAAGGAAUACACGGCAUCCAGUUUCAGUUUCUGCAGGCCAGCUGUGGAGUACAGGGCACUGCCCGAGGACUUCAAGCACCAGCUGAGUCGACGGACAGGGGGGAACCUAACCUGGCAUGACGGGCGUGGGCAGAAAACAGCAGGAGGAAGGAGAGUGAAGCUGCUGCAGCAGCCAGGGACAGAAGCCCUGCAGUACCGUUCCAGUGACAAUUAUGGGAUAUAUCACACGAGCCCGACCCAGCCCAGUCUGAUCCGUCCCGUCGUGCUCUGGUCACAACAAGAUGUUUGUAAAUGGCUGAAGAAACACUGUCCACACAACUACCUAACCUAUGUAGAGGCGUUUUCGCACCAUGCCAUCACAGGCCGUGCGUUGUUGCGUCUGAACGGGGAGAAGCUGGAAAGGAUGGGACUGGUGCAAGAAACACUUCGGCAGGAGUUGCUCCAACAGGUGCUACAGCUUCAGGUGCAGGAGGAGGGACGCAACCUGCAGCUGCUCAGCCGAGGGGAGGGUUCCUUUGGAAAGAUAUCAUAGAAUCUCUGCUGGAACUCAUGGAUGCUUUGGAUUUAUCAGAUAUUUUCUCAAAUGUGAAACAGAUCUCUGGGAUAAAUCCGUCCAGUCAGCAGUGAUAUCCAGACUUAUGAUGUAAUGUGGAAGUUGGCAGCUUUCAUUCCCAUCUUCACAGUGAACAGACAUAAUCAUAACAGACUGACUAUGAACUGUGCUGAAGACGCUCCAUGACAAUCUGUUCGAUUUUUUAAUUUUAACAUUUAAUUCUGUGUUUAUCUAUUAUGAACAAGCUCUCUGUUUUUGUCUCUACCUCUGUCUUUA